AUGACUGGUCAGCCCCUGUCGAGGCACACCUCCAUCUCGGUGCAGAAUUCUCUACGACAGCGAUCCGGCCGUGGGAGGGACCCUGAUGACCUGGCAGUGCGACUGGGCAUUUCCCCCCGCUUUGUCGAGCUGAUCCUGGAGCUGCCCGGCACCAAGUCAGCAGAGGACAUUGCCACCCGUCUCGCUGCAUUUGGAGCCCUGCAACAGGCGCUCACAGCGGGGACGCUGCCCGAGCCUGGUGAGCUGCAAUGGCCCAGGGAGCCCCUGUGUUCCUCGUUUCUCGAGACCGCCUCCCGCCUCCAGCUGCCGCGCUUCACAUACCAGUACCCCGAGGUCCUCCUGACCCUGCUCAAGCACUUCCUGGCCAUGGUCCAUGAGUUUGAGGAGCAGCUCCCACCCACAGAGGACGAUCAGCCGCAGCAGUCCGAGGGGUCCGACCCGGACGCCAAGCCCGAGCCAGAGGACUGGUGGAACACCAAGCCCGAGUCCGGCGCCGCCGAGCUGGCAGACUCCCUGAUGGAUGCAUUUGAGAAGGAGUGGGAGCCGGCCAUGGAGAAUCUGGAGGCCGCACAGCAGGUUUUUUGGGCGUUUGAGGACCUGGAGCCCUUGAUGGACAGUGAGGAAGGCUUCACGCCCGAGGGCGCCGUCUGGCAGAAGUCUGGGUGGUGCGAGGUCGCCGAGCUCUCGCGGCGUCUGGCCAGGCUGCGGCCGCUGCAGCGCCUCAUUGCGGAGCUGGGAAGGGGGGGCGGCAUGGGUGCCAUGCGCCGAGCUCCGGCCCAGGCAUGUAUCUAUGCGCCCCGCUCCCCGCUGGGGGUGGUGGAGAGCGAGGCCUCGCCCUCCCAGACAAAGGGCCUGACCCGGUCCGGGGAGCUGUCACGCACCCUGCCCUCCGAGCUCCACCUGCUGGCCAGGGGCGGCGCACUGGGGCGCGGUGGGAAGGAUGGCAUGGCCGCGUCGACACCGGUGGACAGGGAUGACACAGGUAUGGCGGGACCAGGAGUGGACAGCGGCGCUGCCAAUUCGUCAGCAGGCACCCCCCCUCGCCCCGGGUCGACCGACCCCGCUCGCCUGCUCUUCAUGGCGCGCCGGCUGGAGCGCACGCUGCUGUCCUACGAGCGCUGCGGCUGGGCUGACGACCUGCCCACGCGGGUGCUGACGCGGCAGGAGCUGCGCCCCGCGGCGGAGCAAGGGCCCAUCCUGCUCUGCCUGGAUACCUCGGGGUCCAUGCAGGGCGAACCGGAAAGUGUGGCCAAGGCCCUGGCGCUGGAGGCCACGCGCGCCGCGCUGCGCCAGCGCCGCCGCUGCCUCCUUUACGCCUUCAGGUGA